CCUCUAUGGCGCGGCCCUGGGCGCACACCCGAGCAGCGCUGGAGGGGCUGGAGAGGGCGCUGAGCUGCUCCCUCUGUGCCGGUGUGUUGCGGAAGCCCGUGUCUCUGGGGGGCUGCGAGCACGUCUUCUGUCUAUCUUGCAUGGGCGACCACGUUGGCAAAGGAUGCCCAGUGUGCCAUGUGCCAGCCUGGGUGCAAGACAUGCAGAUAAACCGUCAACUGGAUGACAUGGUCCAGCUCUGCAGCAAACUGCGGCGUCUCCUGGGUGCAGACAGCUCAGAUUCAACGGAAUCUACGUCUACACCAAUGUGCUCGGACUCUGGAGAAAACAGUAAGAAGGGACAAAUAAAAAUGUGGUUCAGCCCAAGAAGUAAGAAGAUUCGAUGCAUCGUGAACAGGAAUCAGCCUAAGCCUAAUAAUAAUGACCCUUGUCAAGACCCAUCUUCAGUUUAUCAUUUCUUUCCUUCCCCUGUUCAUGAAAAGCCCUCCAAAACAACAAAAAAGCAAACCCAGAGGCAGAGUAAGAAGAUGAAGAAAAAACGCCUAGCAAACAUCAACAAAGCGUGGGAUUUAGAGAAGCCUGAGCAAAAAGGAGGGGUUGAGGAGAAGACUUCCAAGGAGAAGCGUGUGACCAUUUGCAGUGAGACUCUAGUCCUGUGCACUCCAGAACCAAAUAGUCCCAAAGAGACACUUCAACAGGAAUCUGUAGAGGAAGCUGACUCCACCAAAAACUUGGAAGAAGUGGAAGUAUCUCCAGAGGUGAAAUCCUCAAAGGAGGAAGAUAAUGAUGAGGCUGUCUGUCCUGUACGAGUCAGCAAGGAAAAAAACUGUGCUGCAGAGAAAUUGCCAUCAAUAGAAAGCGAAGCAGUGCCUUUGAAACGUGGAAGGGAGCAAUCAAAACUUCCAGAUACUUCUCAGUCUAAAAGACGAAGAAGUGAGGGGAGCCUUAACAGGAAUUCAGGCAGUCAGACUUCUUGCUCAGAGGACUUGUCUCAGGAUUGCCCUAUCUCCCAAGUGACUGAACCCACGACACCUGUUCAGGUCUGUGGCAGUGUAAUGAGGACAAGAAGCUCUGCAGCAAGAAGUACUCCUUCACUUCCAAAAUCUCCCUCUACUCCAUCUACUUUCAAAGCUUGUAAUCAAGUAGGAAUACCUCAGAGUCCUUCUGUGUUCAAGUCCCCUGCUAGUAACACAAUUGCCAGAAGGAAUUACAAAGGGGAGACUUUGCUUCAUGUUGCUUCCAUCAAGGGUGACUUAGCAGCUGUUGAAGAGCUGCUGAAAAAUGGGGCAGAUCCCAAUGUUAAAGACAACGCUGGCUGGACACCACUGCACGAGGCGUGUAACCACGGGCACCAAGAGGUGGUGGAGCUGUUGCUACAACACAAAGCACUGGUGAAUUCUACGGGCUAUCAGAACGAUUCGCCCCUUCACGACGCUGCCAAGAAUGGGCACGUGAGCAUUGUUGAGCUGCUGCUUCUGCAUGGUGCCUCCCGUGAUGCAGUUAAUAUAUUUGGUCUGCGGCCUGUGGACUAUGCAGAGAGUGAAAAGAUGAAGUCUGUGCUAAUGUUACCAGUCAAGAACGAAUCAUUUUCAUUUAGCCAGCCCUCUGAGAGCCCAAGCCAGCCUAGAGAUGGACCUCUUGGUAUCCUGGGGAGCAGUCUUAGUUCAAAACAACAGAAAUUGCUGAACCAGCUAGCAACAGUUCUGAAGGCUCGAAGGUGUACUGAAUUUAACAGCACAGUAACCCACGUUGUUAUUCCUGAUAUUCCAAUGCCAAGCACUCUUAAAUGUAUGAUGGCUGUUCUGACUGGAUGUUGGGUUCUGAAGUUUGAGUGGAUACAAGCCUGUCUACAAAGCACAGUUCGAGAACAAGAAGAGAAGUAUGAAAUCCAAGGUGGCCCACAAAGGGGCCGGCUCAACAGAGAACAGCUGCUGCCUAAGCUGUUUGAUGGAUGCUACUUCUAUUUCUUGGGAUCAUUCAAAAGUCACCAGAAGAGCGAUCUUGUGGAGCUGAUCAAAGCAGGAGGAGGACAAAUCCUGGUUAGGCAGCCGAAACCAGACAGCGAUGUGACACAGACGAUCAACACGGUGGCAUACCAUGCAGAAUCUACUUCUGACCAGAGAUUUUGCACUCAGUAUGUCAUCUAUGAUGCAUCUUCUAAAUUCAAACCGGAGAAAAUUCGUCAAGGCAAAGUCUGGUUUGCUCCCUCCAGCUGGAUUGUGGACUGCAUAAUGUCAUUUCAGCUGCUGCCUGUAAAGUGAACAUCCCUGUCUCACAACUAAGACUUUUAAAAAGUGGUGAAUCUUCAGCAGCUGGAAAAUGCUGGUCUGAAGCUCUGAUUUAUGUUUUGCACUCGGUAACUCAUUUACAUGGUCAAAAGCUCCUCUGUAUUCCAAGAUCAUUGUGAUAGGCUGGAAUAAAUGGCCUGACAAUGGAAUAGGGGAAAAAAAGAUGCUGCAUUGAAAAGUUGUGCCUUGGAUCAUUUACUAAGCUUUAUUUUUACAUUUAACUUCACUGUAAUAAUCACUGACGUUUUAUAAGACUUUGCAAAAUGAAGUCUUUUGAAUUUUGACUUAAAUCAAGCUUAGUUGAUGAUAGAGCAUGACCCUGUUUCUUUUGUUUGGUGUGCUUUGACAAGGAUCUACUACGUGUGUCAAGACUUCCCAGCCAGGACAGAAUUUGUAUUUAUU